GAGGCCCUCUGAAAAACAUCAGGUGCUAGGACCUAGUGGAAUUCAGGCGACUUCAGUAGGAGGUGAAACACCACACCCGGGGGUGUGGUACUGUGCAGGCAGGCACAGAAAAGCCAGUUCUUCCACAUGUAAACUACUCAGACUUUCAUCUCUCUCGUACUACCUCCAAGAUUCCAGUAGCAUUUACACUCGCUUAGGAAACCAAAAACAUGUUUCUUGCAAAGGCUCUCUUGGAAGGGGCAGAUCAAGGUCUCGGACAAGCUCUUGGAGGCCUUCUUGGAGGUGGCGGUCAGAGAAGAGGAGGAGGAAAUAUUGGAGGGAUAGUUGGAGGAAUUGUGAAUUUUAUCAGUGAGUCUGCAGCAGCUCAGUACACCCCAGAACCACCACCCACUCAGCAGCAUUUCACCAACGUGGAGGCCAAUGAAAGUGAUGAAGUUAGGCGGUUUCGGCAGCAAUUCGCACAGCUGGCUGGACCAGACAUGGAGGUGGGUGCCACUGACCUGAUGAAUAUUCUCAACAAAGUCCUUUCUAAGCACAAGGAUCUGAAGUCUGACGGCUUUAGUCUUGACACCUGCCGGAGCAUCGUGUCCGUUAUGGACAGUGACACCACUGGGAAGCUGGGCUUCGAAGAAUUUAAGUAUCUCUGGAACAACAUUAAGAAGUGGCAGUGCAUUUAUAAGCAAUAUGACAGGGACCAGUCCGGGUCUCUGGGAAGUUCUCAGGUGCGGGGGGCUCUGCAGGCAGCAGGCUUACAGCUAAAUGAACAACUUUACCAAACGAUUAUCCGCCGAUAUGCAGAAGAGGAUGGAAGAAUGGAUUUUAACAGCUUCAUCAGCUGCCUGGUCCGCCUGGAUGCCAUGUUUCGUGCCUUCAGAUCCCUGGAUAGAGAUGCCGAUGGCCUGAUUCAGGUGUAUAUCCAAGAAUGGCUUCAGCUGACCAUGUAUUCCUGAAGUGGGCACUGAGUCAGGACUCUCCUUAGAGGACAGACCUGUUGGAAGCCUAGCAUGCUUUCUGCACAGUUGCAGAUACCCUAUCCAGAGCUGUCCUUUCCUACCGGGCUCUUUCACAGUCCUACCUAUUUCUGAAUUUGUGCUGCUCUUUACCGCUUAAUUAAAACAGAUUUUUCA